AUGCCGAGCAACGUCGGACGAACGCUGGCCAAGGGCCUUGGCAUCGACGUCGACGCCCGGUACCGUAACGAGCCUACCGAGGUCGUCCAGUCCGCCGCCGCCUCCUUCCGGUCCGUCGAGCAGUACGAGGAGAGAGAGCCCACCAUCGCCGAGUUCCUCCAUGCCCACCGGCCGACGGUCCACGGCGCCGUCGCCUACCUCAAGAGCCUGUUCCCCUUCUGGUCCUGGAUUUUCCAUUACAACGCGACAUGGCUGUUGGGAGAUGUCAUUGCCGGUGUCACGGUCGGCUUCGUCGUCAUCCCCCAGGGCAUGGCGUACGCGCUCCUCGCCCAGCUGACGCCUGAGUACGGCCUGUACACGUCCUUCGUCGGCUUCAUCCUCUACUGGGCGUUCGCGACGUCCAAGGACAUCACCAUCGGCACCGUCGCCGUCAUGUCGCAGCUCGUCGGCAACAUCGUGCUGCGCGUGCAGGACUCGCACCCGCAGUACGGCGGGCCGCAGAUCGCCCAGGCCCUGGCCGUCAUCUCGGGCGCCGCCAAGUUCAAGAUCCUCGGCAAGGUCCCCAGCGGCUUCCAGCACACCGGCGCCCCCAACAUCGACACGGAGCUGCUGUCCGCCAUCGCCCCGGACCUGCCCGUCACCAUCAUCGUCCUCAUCAUCGAGCACAUCGCCAUCUCCAAGUCCUUCGGCCGCGUCAACAACUACGUCAUCAACCCCUCGCAGGAGCUGGUCGCCGUCGGCUUCACCAACCUGUUCGGGCCCUUCCUCGGCGCCUACCCGGCCACCGGAUCCUUCUCCCGCACCGCCAUCAAGUCCAAGGCCGGCGUCCGCACGCCCCUCGCCGGUAUCUUCACCGCCGUCAUCGUGCUCCUGGCCCUCUACGCCCUGACGUCGGUCUUCUUCUACAUCCCGAUGGCCACCCUCGCCGGCCUCAUCAUCCACGCCGUCGGCGACCUCAUCACGCCGCCCAAGGUCGUGUACCAGUUCUGGGAGGUGUCGCCCCUCGAGGUCUUCAUCUUCUUCGCCGGCGUGCUGCUCACCAUCUUCACCAACAUUGAGAACGGCAUCUACCUGACCAUGUGCGCCUCGGCCGCGCUCCUCCUGGUGCGUCUCGCCAAGGCCAAGGGCCACUUCCUCGGCCGCGUCCGCGUCUACCGCGCCACCAAGGACACGACCGGCAAGGGCGUCCCCUUCAACGACCAGGGCGAGGCCAUCGAGAUCCCCUCGCGCGAGGCCUACGUCCCGCUCGCCAAGGACGACGGCACGAACCCCAACAUUGACGUGCAGAGCCCCUACCCGGGCGUCUUUGUCUACCGCUUUGGCGAGGGCUUCAACUACACCAACCAGGCGCACUACAUGGACAGCCUCGUCGCGUACGUCCAGAAACACGCCCGCCGGACGAUCCUCGACCGGUACGAGAAGCUUGGUGACCGCCCCUGGAACGACCCCGGCCCGCGCCGUGGUGCCAAGAUCGACAUGGACGACAACCGCCCCAUCGUCCGGGCCAUCAUCCUCGACUGCUCGGCCGUCAACAACAUCGACGUCACGUCCAUCCAGGGCCUCAUCGACGUGCGCAACCAGCUGGACCACUACGCCGAGCCCCAGGUGGUCGAGUGGCACUUCGCCAACGUCAACAACCGCUGGACGCGCCGCGCCCUCGCCGCCGCCGGCUUCGGCUUCCCGUCGCCCAAGGACGAGAACAACCUGGGCCGGUGGAAGCCCAUCUACAGCUUCGCGCCCGUCGACUCGGGCUCGGGCCACGAACCGCACGUCGCGGCGCCGCGCAGCCGCGACGAGGAGGAGGACGUCAUCUCGCCGAGCAAGGGCAACAACACCGACGGCGCGGCGCAGGUCGUGGGCCGCGGCGACGGCAAGCUCGCCGCCGUGCAGGGCAUGAACAGGCCCUUCUUCCACAUCGACAUCGCCGCCGCCGUUGAGAGCGCCAUCCUGAACGCCGAGAGCAAGAGCGAGGGCCAGACGUCGCCGGCGAACUCGGUCAUCAAGAGCGGUUAG